UGUCAAUUAGAUCAACUUAAUAUUCCCCUCCUCUGAGUGGGGGUGUGGUUGUUUAGGGCAGAGAUGUAAAACUUUGUCAAAGUCGACUAUAACAACCUAAGUAAAAGUGUCAGAAGGUAGCAUGUAUAGUAAAAUGAAGCAGUAUAUUUCUGUAACUAGAUGCUUUAUUUUUGAAAUGUAACUAUAGAUAAAUGACCAAUUGUUAGUCAUUGAUAAAAUAUGACCAUACAGAAAGAGUCAUCAGCACAGAAGCAAAUAUAAUAAAACAAUGCUUCUAAAUCUAUUACAAAUUUUGUAAAGAAGAGAUCUGCUUUAUUGUUUUAUAGCAUUUUUCUUAGUUUUUAUAUGCAUAUGGAUAAUGAUUUACUGAAGUCUCCAAAAUGUAGUUAUAAUGUAUUGACAAUAGAUGGCGUACUUUACAUGCGACACUUUAGCUUAACACGUGUAUGUUUUGUGUGUGUGUGUGUGUAUGUAGUGGUGGGAUGUCAUCUUAAACUGUUUAAGAUAACAGUAUGGAUGUGAAAACUUCUUGAUUAUGACUAAGUGAUGUAAACAGUAAUUUAUUACUUUUUUAGUGAUUAUUUUGGAAAGUUCUUUCAGACCAAGGUCAGGGGAUAUCCUUCCCCACCCUUCCCCUUUCCGCACACACAUCCCAAUCCCAAGAUUCAACAGUUAACAUUACGCAACAUGUGGUCUCUGUGUAGUCCCAUCACUGAAUUCACUCACAGGACAUUCAAAUUACUCUUCAGACACUGUCUACAGCACUUCACUAAACAUUUACAAUGCACAGACACUUCACCUGCUAUUGACGGUGGCCUGACACUUUGGCACAAUAUUAUCUGUUAAUCUAUCAAUAUGACUAUCUAUUAUCUAUGAUAUAUCUAUUUAACUAUCGUGUGUGCUAUAUCUAUCAAUCAUCUUUUAUCAUCUGUCUGUCUCUCUAUGUAUCUAUCUCUGUCUCAUUCUGUCAUUCUUUGUCUGUCUAUCUAUCUAUCUUUCUAUCUAUCUGUGCUGUAACGUGUUUUUCUGUCCGUUUAUAUAUUCAUCUCGAUCAUUUGUUUCUCUGUCAUUUUUUACGUAUCUUUUUUUCUCUCUGUCAGUCUAUCUACUUACCUUCCUACCUACCCAUGGCUUAUGUCUAUCUGUUUAUAUAUCUAUCUAGAUUAUUUUUCUGUCAUUUGUCAAUGUAUCUGUCUUCUUUUGUCUUUUCUAUCUACCUACCUAUGUCAGUCUGUUUAUAUAUCCAUCUCAAUCAUCUGUCUGUGUCUAUUUGUGUCUGUCUGUAUCUGUGUGGGUCUAUCUGCGUCUCUGUGUCUCUGCGUUUAUAUGUUUGUCUAUCUGUAUGUCUGUGUGUAUCUAUCUAUCUAUCUGUGUCUCUAUCCGUCUGUGUGUGUCUGUCUGUGUUUCUCUUUCUAUGUAUCUGUGUAUGUGUUUCUCUUUGUGUGUCUGUUUCUCUCUCUCUCUCUCUCUCUCUCUCUCUGUUUGUGAUUCUGUCUAUGUGUUUCUCUUUUUAUGUAUCCGUGUGUCCAUCUCUGUUUCUCUUUAUGUCUGUCUUUCUGUCCGUCUAUGUAUCUAUGUCCAUCUGUCUGUCAGUGUGUCUGUCUCUCAGUCCAGGUUUUGUGGGUGUAAAGCUGUUCCUUCAGCACUACAGUCUCCUCCUCCGAAAUGACGUAACGGCAGCAGCCCGCUGCGCGAGCAACUUUUCAAACAGGUUCACGCGCAGCAGCAGCAGCAGCUCGAGCUCCAGUCUCUCGCUCUCUUAACGGAAAACUGCCCGCGGUUCACACGAUAGAUUAACAGUUAGUUAACGAGCUUAUCCGAGUUAAAACUGUCGACAAACGGCUGUUUCUGACUUUGUUCAGUAUUGGUUUGGGUAGUUUGAGGAGAAGAACUCGGUAACUUUACGGGAUAUGUAAAUUAAAUGAGUCGCCCGUUAGAGAAAUAGCGUAUUUCUCUCAGUCAGCGUUAGUUAGGAUGUGGCUGAGAAAACGACUUUUAACGACUAAAGUCGACAUGGAGAAAUCCUCAGAAACAGAACUGGAAUUUAUCCUAAACAGCGGUGUUGAGAUGAAUAAUUAGUUAUUAGGCGAAUCUAACGGUCCUUGGUUUUACAGAUAAUGUAGUUAACCCUAAUAGCUAGUUUACUGAUUGUCCAGCUACCACAGUCCAGAAACUUCUAACUCCACGUUGUAGUUUUAAAGUUACCAGCUGCUGAGAUUUUUCUUGAAGAAAAUGAUCUCAGAAGAAAGAAGCAACCAAAUCACCAAACAAGCCCUGGGCUUUCCCGUCGGAUUAUUGAUCCGCUCCCCCAAAAAAAGCCUCGCGAAGCUGGGGAGAAAAUCUAGCAAUGGAUCUCUACAAUCCAACGCAUCUGAUAUGACUACUCGAUCCAUGGAGAGCACUGGCGUCAGGCAGCCAGCCAAAAGCAAGAUCCGUCGACACAACAACAGGUUGACCACUGUGUUUAACCGGAGUCCUCUUCUGCGAGACAGUGGGCUGGGCCAGGGGGUCAGACAACUGUCAGGAGACUUGCAGGUAGCUGACGACCCAUCUGAGCUGUCCAGCCAGCUCUCUGCUCCAGGCAUCCUAAAAAUAUUCGGCAGUGACAUCUGCCAAGGGGCCAAUUACAAAAGUGUGUUGGCUACGACUCGGUCCAGUGCAAAGGAGCUAGUUAAAGAAGCUCUGGAGAGAUACUGCCUUGAAAAGGAAGAUCCAGAAGCUUAUGUGCUCUGCGAUGUCAUUGGCCAAACAGGGACGGACCACCAAUGGAAGACAGAGUGCCUUCGGGUUGUUGGCGAAAAUGAGAAGCCCCUCAUGCUGCAGUCACUUUGGAAACCCAAAGAAGGGUUCUCUAGACGGUUUGAGAUCCAGAAAAGGAGCAGUGUUGAAGAGCGAAGUGCCAAAGACAAAGACACAAUCACUGCAGGUCUCAAUGCCCAGGUUCGGAAGAUGCAGAAAGUGCGCUCACGCGUCACUUCACUCUUCGUGGAUGGGAGUUACGGUGAGAUGGACAAUCUUGGCAUUUGGAGAAGUCUGAGUGACAUGGAUGUGUCUGCUAUGGGCAAAGAAGCUUGCAAGGUCAGUAAAGCAGUGGCACUGCAGGAGGACCCAGAGGCUGAGGCCGACGCAGAGGCCCGCUGCCUCAGCAUGGAAAAAGAAGAGACGGAAAGCAGCGAUGACAACACUACACAGUUCUCCAUCCACCCGCCCUUCGAUUUUCCCUACUUCCUCCUGCUCCAGGGAUACAGCCACAGACAAGACUUUGUGAUCUACCUGAUGAGCAGUAACAGCUGUAUGUUUGGCUGCUGCAGUGAUCCUAUUGAAGAUAUGGAGCGGUUGAAGUUAGAUGUGGUGCUCUAUGCACCUGACGUGCUACCACAGCACUGCUGUGUGCGCCGUUUAGACCCUACCAGUCCUCAGCCUGAGGGCAGCAAGAGGACUCUUACCCUAAUCCAACCUCUCAACGAAGCUUUUGUCACCCGCAAUGGUAUUCCAAUUAAGGACGAGGCUGAGCUUUUCCCAGGCGACCUGGUAGGUCUUGGCCAGCACUACCUUUUCUUGUUUAAGGAUCCUACAGCCCCUGAUGCCCAGAAAGCGCCAUCCUGGAUGGCCAGUCUGUGUCCGCCAGCUGAAGACUCAUCUUGUAAAACCUGUGGUUCCACUGUAAGAAGACCCAGGACCCAUAGGAGAAUGGCAUCCAACUGGAGGGACCUUGAGGGCAGGGUCCUCUCUGUUUUCUACCACCAGCACCAAGAAGACCAGGUGCUAGAGAAGAUCCUCACCAUGGUGGACCCAGGAGGAAAGGAACCCAAACUGAUUCCAGCUUUCUUGCUCUGUCUGUGCAUCCAGCACUCUGUCACCAGUUUUGAGAUGGCACUAUUCCGCAAGCUGUUACUGCGAACUGCCAACCAGAUCCAGCUCACCAUGUGGGAGAGAACAAAAGAGCUUGCAGCACUUCAACCAGACUCUGGAUCUGGGGUCAUGCAGCCAGAUCCAGAGGAGGUGCAUCUGCUGGGCAUGGAAGAACUGAUCCCUGGUUUGCAGCCACUGGUAUUUUGGAUGGCCAAUUCUAUUGAGUUGCUGCACUUCAUCCAGCAUGAGGUGCCCAUGCUUCUGCCCUGGACGCAGCAAGAUGAAUACAAUCAGAGCAAAGAAUUAAAUUCUCAAAUCCUGUCUACACGCACUGCCUGUGAGGAGGCCAUGACUGUCCUAGAAGAAGUCAUUAUGUUUACUUUCCAGCAGACUGUCUAUUACCUUACUAAAAGUUUGUAUGCAGUGCUGCCAGGACUGCUGGACAGCAACCCGUUCUCAGAAAGUGGGCAGCUACGCAUGGCUGUGGGCGUCGGCGACAUCCUGGGUGUUCUGAAGAAGGCACUACAGCUACUUAACACCUUCCAGGUGCACACAGAGAUCUCCUCGCAGCUCCUGGCCUAUUUGUUUUUCUUUACCAAUGCCUCACUCUUCAAUAUUCUCAUGGAAAGAGGUUCUGGAGGAGGGUUCUACCAGUGGUCGAGAGGAGUGCAGAUUCGGGCUAAUCUGGAUUUGUUGAUGGACUGGGCUCAGAGCAUUGGACUGGCUGAUCUGGCUGCUGAAUUCUUUCAGAAACUCUCAUCAGCCGUCAACCUUCUGGCCACACCUAAGGAGACCUUACUACAGGCAUCCUGGCCAUCUCUUCGAGCUGAAUUCCCACACCUCAACCCUGCACAGCUUCACCAUAUGCUGAGGGAAUACAAUGCAGGCAGGACCUGCCCCUCCUGCUGGACUCCCUCUUCAGAGGAAGCAGAAGCUGCUCUCCAAACCUCUGAAAUUCUGGAGAGUUUCGACAAUCAUCCUCCACUCAUCCUGCCCAACAGUACCUUUCACCUGGAGCUCGGAAAGCCCAUUACAGAGCCAGACUUCUUCUCCCAGCUUCAGCACUUGCAGGAUUUCAUUGACUCCCUCCCAAUCACUCCAAUACAAAAUGAAGCACCACCUCAACAGGACCUGAAAAAAGGCAAGGACCUGAUGGAUGACACACAGACAUCAUCUUCGCUGUCUGGCACAGAUCCAGAGCUCAGUGCUUCUUGUACCACCCCUGACUCAGCCAUCGGUGUUGGUUCUGAGGCAGAGGAACAGCUGUGUUUGUCUGCAUCACCCCUUCAUAUCAAGGAAUCUCUUGGUGACCUGAGCUCAUGUGAAGCAGUGUUGGCCCAGAAACUGAAGAACCUGGAGCUCCAGAGUAACCUGCCAGGGGAAACGGACCUGGGAUACCACAAAAGCCUGGCCUUGGACCCUUCCUGCCUGCUUACCCCACCCAACACACCCCAAGGCCUUGAACUAGCUGAGCUAGAGGCCAACAUGCAGGAGGAGGCAAUCCGUCAGCUUAAGAAAGUUGAGAAUGGCCUGUUGGCAGCUGCAGGUCAACAGGAUGAGAGAAAGGAAGAAGACGACGAUGAGGAUGAGAGAGAUGAAGUGUUCACCAUAGAGCUGUCGAAAGGACCGCAUGGCCUCGGCUUGGCACUGGUGGAUGGACUGAAAACUCCACUGAGGAUGAGUGGAAUCUAUGUAAAGUCAGUGGUGCCCGAGUCACCAGCUGCCCAGUGCCAGAGACUCAGGCUGGGUGAUCGCAUCCUGGCUGUGAACGGAGUGAGUCUUGUGGGCGUAGACUAUCACAUCGGUAGGGAGAUCAUCCGGACGUCAGGAGAUUCUCUCAGAUUGCUGGUGGCCAAAACCGAAGCCAGGAGCAGUGGGAGGACCUCCAUCACCAGAUGCUAAAUCCGUGGACGACUGACCAAAAAAAAUAGACUGCCUCGUGACAGCUGAGAGAUUUGGGACAAGCCAUCAAUCUCAUUAAAUCUUUUUUUUUUUUUUUUU